GACUAAUGGCCUGUUUAUGAUCAUAGUUUGACAUUGCAGGAUCCUAGAAAAGUCACUUCUUUAGUAUCUGCUGUGAACAUAAUGAAAAGGUUAGUGGUAGUUAUGAACAAAUUGAUUUGGUUAUAUAUGUUUUCAGCCUUUUUUUUCCUGAUGAUUCAGCUGUGUGUUAUAGCUGAGUUUGCAUUUUAUAACCUGUCACAGUCAUAACGCCACAGUGAGAGAAAUACGGCUAUAUUCUUUGACUGAUUGAGGCACGGACCUUUCUUCUUUGACAGUCUAAAUGAUUAUAUACCCCAAUAGCUUUCUAUUGUUUCUAAAUAGAUACAAAUGCAAUAUCGACAUAGAGUUUUCAGUAUUGGUGCUGUAAUCUAGAGGGUUUGGAAAAAAUGCAGCAGCUGUGGAAUCCAGCAAUCCAGCACAAUCACUGUUCGAAGAGCAGGUGAAUCCAGUUUAUUAAAAUUUAAUCUAAUACAUGUGGUGGCUUAUUUUACAUUUCCAGGCAUACAAAGUCUCCAUACAGUAAAAAACGUCAUAAACCUCCUGAAGAUUAUGACAGGGCUACUAGAUUAUUAUUUUAUUGUACAUGUUCUCCGUUUUUUCCUCUGUAUCAUUAACUGCAUUCACUGGAUUAAAUGCCAAACAUGUUGGACAUCCAUAAAACACUUUUUCCUUGUUAAACUUGAGACACUACAUAUGAACAGUUGAUUACUUACAAUAAGCCAACUUUUUUUUCUGAAAUUCUAUGUUUAAAUAUGCAAAUUGCUUAAUGUAUAUACUGAAUAUGUGCUUUUUGCUAUUUACAGAAAUCUGAACAUUUGAUAAAGCCAGGUUGAAACUUCUUGUUUCACUUUGUAAGCAUAAUGUAUUAGAAGGGAAAUUUGGAUAUCUCUCUUUAUAUCAUGCCAUAAAUCAGAAAAUACUACCGACAGCCAUAAAAUAAUACAUUUUCACCACGUUUUAGGAAUGAAAUUUUUAAAUUAAUACAAAUCAGGCUAUAAGUGACACACACACAAAGCAUUGGAAUAUAGGCAGGUAUAAACUGUGUGUAAAUGCUGCUGAAGUAGAGCUUUCUGGUCCAGAAUAUUUAAAAAAAUGUAAAAAAAAAUUAUUGAGCCAAAAGCCUUUAGGAGAUAUGAUUUGUAAAAUCUGAUGUAUAAUGUUUUAGCCCAUAGUGUCUUGCCAGAGGUCAAGCUUCAAUCUGUUCUUGUGAAGCUGUGAUUCAUUGUUGUUGAGACGGUUCACCACUACUGGCAAAAAAAAUAAUACAAAAAAGUACUGUAUUAGUACUAUAUUUUGUUAAUUUCCAUAGAUUUGACAUUGGUUGGAUUUAAACAACUAAACCUGACAUUAUUCAGUAGUGUAAACCAUGUGGACGAGAGAAAAGUGACCAAACAGCUGCGAUGGUAAACAGUGAUAAAAUGGUGAUAAAAGCCUGAUAAGGAACAAUAUCUAUAUUUGUUAACCAAUGGAACCGAGUCUUUUGGGCUCAGUUGUGAGAUAACCAGGUUCAUCUGUGGGGCACUAAUACUGGUCGAGGAGACUCGAAUCCCAUCAAUUACGGUUUUGAUAUUAUUGACACAGUGUUCAAAAGCAAAUGACAAAACAUGACAAAUAGCUGGUCGACUGUGGACGUUGGCAAGUCAGGUUUGAAGCUCGGACUUCACCUCAGGUUGGGUAAACAAUUGGUGCCUUUUGAAAAGCUUCAAUUGAGUCAGGAAUAAAAGGGGGAAUCAUAAGUGGGCUGUUUGGAAUGAAUCAUUGAUUUGCAGUUUUCUUUAGCAUCUUAGCUCAGAGGCUACAGGUAUUUGCUGUGGCACACUGAGGCGUUGGGGCCGACAAAACCACACGUUUGUGCAGGGAGACAGCUCCGGAGAGUCACCGUUUAUGUUGAGUGUUUUAUUGCGCUGGAUAACUCUGCACGGGUUGGACAGAAGAAACAAGGAAAUAUGAAUGCCAUAGUAGAAGCUUUUGCCUUCUUCCUGGGCUUCCUGGGCUGGUUGAUGGUUGGAGUCGCCCUUCCAAAUCGUUACUGGAGGGUCUCGACAGUGGACGGUAAUGUUAUCACCACAUCAACCAUCUAUGAAAACCUAUGGAUGUCCUGUGCAACCGACUCUACUGGAGUUCACAACUGCCGGGAUUUCCCGUCUUUGCUCGCUCUUAAUGGCUACAUUCAGGCCUCCCGGGCACUGAUGAUUGCUGCCAUUGUGUUCGGGACAUUUGGGCUCGUGGCAACUCUCGCAGGAAUGCAGUGCUCAAAAGUUGGAGGAGAAAACUACAUCCUGAAGGGGAGAAUUGCUGCGAUUGGAGGAGUCUUCUUUUUACUACAAGGGAUGAGCACCAUGAUUGCUAUAUCUUGGUAUGCAGCCAAUAUCACACAGCAGUUCUUCGACCAGCUUUACCCGGGGACAAAGUAUGAGAUCGGAGAGGGCCUGUAUAUCGGCUGGUCUGCAGCCACACUUUCCAUUUGCGGCGGUUCAUGUCUGUUGUGUGCUUGCAAAAUCGUAACGCCCAGUGAAAAGAUACCAUAUCCAUACCAACAACCCUCCAGAGGACAUGUGCCGCCGACUGUGGUGACGUCCCAGUCUGCGCCGAGCAACUACGGAAGAAACGCUUAUGUGUGAUUGUUAUUGCACAGGAGGGGAAGUCGGCGGAGUUGGAAGCAAUUCGCCAGACUGAUUGUUUUAAAGAGACAAUGAACUGCAUGUACUAUUCUGAAUUCACAAUGAGAGGGCAGCAUUUACAAUGACAAAUACUGUAAGAUUUCUGAUCACAGUAUAGCAGUAGUAUAGUAGUAAGGCAGGUGAAGUAAUCCUGAUUUCAUUUAGGGAUUUACAACUCUUCAGUAACAGGGUUAAAAACCAAUGUAAACAUAGUCUUUGUAGUUUCUCUAAUUUUAACUUUUUUGGAACGUGUACAUUUCAAAUAUGUCAUAGUUUUCUUAUGGAGUGAUUUUGCAUAGGUUCCUGUGGAUUUCAGUACAUUUUAUACAUAAAUAAAUGUCAUUUCAGUGAGUUUGCACUAAACCAUGACUUUUUCAAUGACAGAUUCUGAUUUCUGUUCAAGAGCGAUGGGCAGAGCUGUUGAGCAAUGUUCAAAUAAAGGAGUCUCGGGUUACAGA